GCGCCCGCCGCUGGCCGGGACGAUGUUGCGCUGGGAGGCGGCCGCGUUGCUCGCCGCCCUCGUCGGUGUCUGCGUCUGGACCGACGAGACUGGGAAAGUUAUCUCGGAUCGGUAUGCUGUCUACUGGAACCGGAGCAAUCCCAGGUUUCACCGCGGGGACUACACGGUGGAGGUGAGCAUCAACGACUACCUGGACAUCUACUGCCCGCACUACGAGGAGCCGCUGCCCGAGCGCAUGGAGCGCUACAUCCUCUACAUGGUCAACUUCGAGGGGCACUCCUCCUGCGACCACCGGCAGCGCGGCUUCAAGCGCUGGGAGUGCAACCGCCCCGACGCGCCCAGCGGCCCCCUCAAGUUCUCCGAGAAGUUCCAGCUCUUCACCCCCUUCUCGCUGGGCUUCGAGUUCAGACCCGGCCACGAGUACUACUACAUCUCUGCAUCCCCCCCGAACCUGGUGGACAAGCACUGCCUGAAGCUGAAGGUUUAUGUUCGACCAACAAACGAUUCCCUCUACGAGUCCCCGGAGCCCAUUUUCACCAGCAACAACUCCUGCUGCAGCCUCAGGGUCCCCCACGCCGCCGUGCUCGUGGUGGUGCCAGUUGUCUGGACGCUCCUGGCAUCGUAGCACCCACACCGCCGUGCCAGGAAGAGGCUCUGCGGCAAAGGAGCGAGCGGGAGGGGACAAAUCCAGGUCGUGCCCGCCCCGAGCGGCGGCGGCGGCAGGAGGAUGCCCGCGGAGAUCGCCCGCGGGGAGGUUUGGUGCUGCCAGCCAGAAGCUCGCCCUCGUCCUGCCGCCUCCCGGGGGCCCUCGGCACGGCACGGGCACGGCGCUGGCACCGGUGAAGGGCUGUCCCUUGCUUGUGCCCACUGAGAGCUGCCCAGCAGGUGCCACUUUCUACCUUGGCAGAGCCUCGCCGGGGCCGGGUUGGUUCCUCUGCCUUCUGCUCUGUUUGCUCUUAAGGGAAGGACAAAGAGGAGAAGAUUUUUUAUUGCCACUUCUGGGCUCGGCCCUGCCCAGGCUCCUGCCAGGCUCCUGCCCACCCCCACCCCGUGCCAGACGGACCCGCGCGGGGCCGGGCACUGCCCCCUCCCGCUCAGCCCCUCGCUGGGGUCCUCACCCUGCCCAGGGACGUUGGGCGAGAUGGAUGCCAGCGGUGGUGCCAAUGGCUGCGUUGGCACAGACUCUUUCCAGGCCUGGCCGUUGCUCUGGCAGCAGGACGUCACGGUGCCAGCUCCUGCCACCCCCCUGCCACGGGGCCACGGGGACCCCAGGUGGAUACAAGCCCUCGCUGAGCUCCUGGUGAGGUGACCUCAUGCCCACCACUUGUGCCACAAUUGUCACCGCUGGGACCCUGGGACAGCUCCGCGAGCGGCGAACUGGAUGCACCCGAGGGGAGCACUGGGGAUGGUUGGCACAGGGGGCACCGGGCAUGGCUGGCAUGUGGAGCACUGAGGAGGAGCAGUGAGCAUGGAGAGCAGCAGGGAUGAAUGGCUGGCACAGCGGGCACCAAGAUGGCAACGCAGAGCAGCAGGGGUGGCCAACCAGGACGUGUGGCACUGGGAAUGGCCAGCGUGGAGAGCAGCGAGGGUGGCCAGUGCCAGGAGCACCAGGGAUGGUUAACUGGCACAGAGAGCACCGGGGAUGGAUCACUGACACAGAAGGCACUGGAGACAGCCAAUGCCAGGAGCACCAGGGAUGGAUCACUGGCACAGAAGGCACCGUGGAUGGCCAGUGCCAGGAGCACCAGGGGCAGCUGGUUGGCACAGAGAGCGCCGGAGAUGGCUGAUGCCAGCCUGGGGAGCACCGCCGGGCGCUGGGAGCUGGCAGGCCAGGCUCACCCAGCAGCAGGGCUUGUUCCGAGGGCAUUUGGCCAAAGCCAGGGCUGGAGCCUUGCCCACGGUGGGCUUGGUCUCCCCUGGGCAGGAGCAGCGUGCUGUGCCAUGCCAUGCCAUGCCGUGCCGUGCCAUGCCAUGCCAUGCCGUGCCAUGCCGUGCUAUGCCAGCCCCGGGUUGCCAGACGGCAGAUUCCCUCCUCCACGCCUUCCUGCUCAGCACCGUGUGUGUCCCCAGCACCUUGGGGGUGCCAGCCCCCCCCGGCGGGGCCAGUGGGUCCGUGUGGCACCGUCGCUCCCCACGGCCACCCCCCCCCCCAGCUGCUGCUCCUCUGCCAGGGCUGCGCUUGGGAUUUUGUUUCCUUCUUUGCAUUAAAUGAGAACAAAACUCCCCCAAAAAACCCCCAACAAACCCCCAGCCCCCCCCUCCCCGAGGGUGUCCCUGACCCUAGGGUGAGCGGCAGGUCCCCAAGGAGGGCAUCAUCCCCACCCCCCCCCCCCAACUCCCACCCCUCAACCCUGGGACCUGACACCCCCCACCCCCCCUCCUCGCCUUAAAUCUGGGGACUGCCCAACCCAGGCUGGUUGGGGGCUGGUGUGGUCCUGGGAGGGGAGAUGGCAAAUGGGCUUGGACCUGGCUUAAAGCCUCUCCUGUGGGCACCUUUGGGACCACCAAACACCCCACCCCCCUCCCGUCCUCCCCCCGCCAUGGUGAGGUGGGGGGCACCCAGGGGGAGGGGAGGGGGGGGGGGGAGUCUGUCCCUGUACAUAGAGAGCUAAACUGUGAGCAGUUUUUUUUAUGUAUUGUUGAGAAUGAAUUUUAUGGAAGGGUUUAAGCUGAUUUUUAUUUUUCUUUUCUAGAGUAGGAAGCUGAAAUCUCGCAAUAAAACUCAUCUGCACCACCCCCACCCCUCCCCCCCUCCCUCCCCUCCCCCCUCCCCCCCCCCCUCAGAUUAAUAGUGAUAAUAAUAACAAUAAUAAGAAUAAAUCACAAAGGAAGAAUAACAGUUAAAAAAAAACCCCAACCCAGCAACAAAAACCCAACAGAAAGCAGCAAGGAGAGGAAAAAACCCAAACAAAAACGGCCACAAAAAUCAAGGCACAAAAGAAAUGGACACAAAAAAAUAUAAGAUACAAAAGAAAUGGACACAAAAAAAAUGAGAUACAAAAGAAAUGGACACAAAAAAAAUAAGAUACAAAAGAAAUGGACACAAAAAAAAUGAGAUACAAAAGAAAUGGACACAAAAAAAUCAAGACACAAAAGAAAUGGACACAGGAAAAAAUAAGAUACAAAAUAAAUGGACACAAAAAAAUAUAAGAUACAAAAGAAAUGGACAUAAAAAAAAAUAAGAUACAAAAGAAAUGGACACAAAAAAAUAUAAGAUACAAAAGAAAUGGACACAAAAAAAUCAAGACACAAAAGAAAUGGACACAGGAAAAAAUAAGAUACAAAAUAAAUGGACACAAAAAAAUAUAAGAUACAAAAGAAAUGGACAUAAAAAAUAAGAUACAAAAGAAAUGGACAUUAAAAAAAGAUACAAAAGAAAUGGACACAAAAAAAUAAGACACAAAAGAAGUGGACACAAAAAAAUCAAAGCAGAAAAGAAAUGGACACACAAAAAAAUAAGAUACAAAAGAAAUGGACAUAAAAAAAAUAAGACACAAAAUAAAUGGGCAUAAAAAAAAUAAGACACAAAAGAAAUGGACAUAAAAAAAUAAGAUACAAAAGAAAUGGACACAAAAAAAAUAAGAUACAAAAGAAAUGGACCCAAAAAAAUCAAGACACAAAAGAAAUGGACACAGAAAAAAUAAGAUACAAAAGAAAUUGACAUAAAAAAAAUAAGAUACAAAAGAAAUGGACACAAAAAAAUAAGACACAAAAUAAAUGGACAUAAAAAAAUAAGACACAAAAUAAAUGGACACAAAAAAAAUAAGAUACAAAAGAAAUGGACACAAAAAAAAUCAAGACAUACACCAAAAAAAAAAUGACACAGAAAUGAACACACCUGGGAAAAAAAUUGACCUAAAAAAAAAUCAAGGCACAACAACAAAAAAAAUUGACACAAAAAUCAAGACACAGAAAAAAAAAUUGACACAAAAUUGAACACACAAAAAAAUUCCUGACACAAAAAUCAAGACACAGAAAAAGAAUUGACACAAAAUUGAACACAGCUGAAGAAAUUGACACAAAAAUCAACACAUGUGGGGGAAAAAAUGGACACAAAAAUCAACACACCAAAAGAAAUUGACAUAAAAAUGAAGACACACAAAAGAAUUGACACAAAAAAUUGACACAAACCAUGAACACACCCAAAAAAUUGACACAAAAAUCAACCCAGAUGGAAAAAAAAUGGACAUAGAAAUCCAGACACACAAAAAAAUUGACACAGAAAUGAAUACAGCAAAAGAAAUUGACACAAAAAUCAACACACCCCAAAAAAUCGACACAAAAAAUUAACACACACCAAAAAAUUGACACAAAAAUCAACACACCCCAAAAAAUCGACACAAAAAAUUAACACACACCAAAAAAUUGACACAAAAAUCAAGGCACAGGCACAAAAUUGACCCCAAAAAUGAACACAGCAAAAGAAAUUGGCACCAAAAUGAACACACACGAAAAAAGGACACAAAAAAUGAACACAGCAAAAGAAAUUGACACAAAAAAUUAACACACACAAAAAAAUUGACACAAAAAGCAACACACACCAAAAAAAAUGGACAUAGAAAUCAAGACACAGGCACAAAAUUGACACCAAAAGGAACACAGCAAAAGAAACUGAGAUAAAAAUCAACACACGUGGGAAAAAAAAUGGACAUAAAAAUCAAGACACACAAAAAAAUGACUCAAAAAAUGAACACAGCAAAAGAAUUGACACAAAAAGGGAGACACAUGAAAAAAAAAUGACACAAAAAUGAACACAACAAAAGAAAUUGGCACAAAAAUGAACACAACAAAAGAAAUUGGCACAAAAAUCCACACACAUGGGAAAAAAAUGGACAUAGAAAUCAAGACACACAAAAAAAAUGGACACAGAAAUGAAUACACCUAAAGAAAUUGACACAAAAAUCAACACACACCAAAAACUGACACAAAAAAAAUGAACACUCGUGGAAAAAAAUUGACACAAAAUUCAACACACACCAAAAAAAUGACACAGAAAAUGAACACAGGCCAAAAAAUGACACAAAAAUCAAGACACAGGCACAAAAUUGACCCCAAAAUGAACACAGCAAAAGAAAUUGGCACCAAAAUGAACACACACCCAAAAAAUGGACACAAAAAACUGACACAAAAAAUGAGCACAGCAAAAGAAAUUGACACAAAAAUGAAGAUAACAAAAGGAAUUGACACAAAAAUGAAGAUAACAAAAGGAAUUGACACAAAAGUGAAGACACACCAAAAAAUUGACACAAAAAGCAGCACACACCAAAAAAAAAGGACAUAGAAAUCAAGACACAGGCACAAAAUUGGCACCAAAAUGAACACACCAAAAGAAAUUGGCACAAAAAUUAAGAUACACAAAAAAAUGGACACAAAAAUCAACACACCCAAUAAAAAUUGGCACAAAAAUCAACACCAAAAUCAAUACACCAAAAAAAAAAGAGACAUAAAAAUGAAGACACACAAAAAAAUGGACACAAAAAUGAACAGCCAGAAAAAAAUGGACAGGAAAAACAACAAAAAAUGACCUAAAAAGCAACACAUUCCCCCCAAAAAAAGGACACAAAAAUCAACACAGGACAAAAAUUUGGCAGAAAAAUGAACACAUAAAAAAAAAAGACAAAGCAACAAAAAAUUCAACACACAAAAAAACACUGAAAAGAAAAAAAUGGAUAUAAAAAGUGACACCAAAAAACCCAACAAAAAAUUCCAACAGAAAAAAUUCAACACCAAGAAAAAAAAAAAUCAACACACAUUAAAAAAAGAAAGAAAGAAAAAAUCGAACAGGAAAAUCAACACAAAAAAACCCUAAACAAUAUAAAAGAUCUAACAGGAAAAUCAAGGGCAAAAAAAAUCAACCCCCCCAAAAAAUACUGCAUAAAAAAUCCAAUAGGAAAAGUAACUCCAAAAAAAAAAAAUCAACAUGAAAAAAAUCAACACCAAAAAAUUAAACAAAAAAAAAUUAGCACCAAAAAAAUUCAACACAAAAAACCUCAACACAAAAAAUUCAAUGCAAAAAAAAUCAACACAAAAAAAUUCAACACAAAAAAAUUCAACACAAAAAAAUUCAACACAAAAAAACUCAACACAAAAAAACUCAACACAAAAAAAAUUCAACACAAAAAAACUCAACACAAAAAAUUCUAUGCAAAAAAAAUCAAUGCAGAAAAAUUCAGCACAAAAAAGUUCAAUGCAAAAAAAUUCAGUGCCAAAAAAUUCAACACAAAAAAAUUCAACACAAAAAAACCCCCACAAAAAAAAAUUCAAUGCAAAAAAAUUCAAUGCAAAAAAAUUCAAUACAGAAAAAUCAACACAAAAAAAAUUCAAUGCAAAAAUCAAUUCCAAAAUAUUCAACCACAAAAAAAAAUCAACAUAAAAAAUUCAAUAAAUAAAAAAUCAACACAAAAAUCAAUGCAAAAAAAAUUUAACACAAAAUUCAACACACACAAAAAAAAAACCAACACAAAAAUCAACUCCAAAAAUUCCAACACAAAAAAAACACCAAAAAGUUCAACACAAAAAAGUUCAACACAAAAAAAUUCAACACAAAAAAAUCCAACACAAAAAUCAACUAAAAUAAAACCACAGGAAAAAAAAAAAACCACACAAAAAAUCAGCACAAAAAUUGAACACAAAAAAAUUCUAUACACAAAAAUUCAAUACAAAAAAAAGUCAAUUAAAAAAAAUCAACACCAAAAAAAAAUCUAAAAAAUCAACCAAAAAAAAAAUUCAAUUAAAAAAAUCAACACAAAAAAAUUCAAAACAAAAAAAUUAAUCACAAAAAUCAACUAAAAAAAAAAAUUAACCCCAAAAAAUUAACACAAAAAUCAACUAAAAAUAACAACUCAGAAAACCCAACACAAAACAAAUCAACACAAAAAAAACCACACAAAAAAAAUUCACACAAAAAAUUCACACAAAAAAAAUCACACAAAAAAAAUCACACAAAAAAAAUUCACACAAAAAAAAUUCACACAAAAAAAAUUCACACAAAAAAUUCACACAAAAAUAUUAACACAAAAAAUUAACACCAAAAAAUUGACAGAAAAAAACAACAACUAAAAACCAAUCAACCCCAAAAGCCCAACACAAACAGAUUCACCACCAAAAAAAAUUCAACACAAUCAAAUUCAACACAGGAAAAAAAAAAAUCAACACAAAAAUCAGCUGCAAAAAAAUCAAUGCAAAAAAAAAGAACACAAAAAAAUUCAACACAAAAAUCGACUGCAAAAAAAAAAACAACCACAAAAAAAAUCAGCACAGAAAAAAAUACCCCCAAAAAAAAAUCAAGGAAAAAAAAAUCAACUCCCAAAAAAGCAACAAGAAAAAAAAAUCAAGGAAAAAAAAUCAACUCCCAAAAAAGCAACAACAAAAAAAAAAAGGGGGGGGAAAAAUCAAUGCAAAUAAAUCAGCAAAAGAAAAUCAACACAGAAAAAAAAUAGACACAGGAAAAAAAUCAACACAGAAAAAAAUCACCUAAAAAAAAUCACCUAAAAAAAAUCAACAGAGAAAAAAAAUCAACAGAGAAAAAAAUCAACAGAGAAAAAAAUCAACAGAGAAAAAAAUCAACACAGUAAAAAUCAAACCAGAAAAAAGUCACCUAAAAAAAAUCACCUAAAAAAAUCAAUACAGAAAAAAAAAUUAACACAGAAAAAAAAAUUAACACCAAAAAAAAAUCAACACAGAAAAAAAAAUCAACAAAAAGAUUAAGGGAAAAAUCAACUCAAAACAACCAAACAAACAAAAAAGGCAGUGACAAAACAUCAAAAGAUCAAAAUUAACCUCCCCAAAAAAUAAUAAAGAAGAAAAUCAACCCCCAAAAAAAUUCAACACAUAAAAUGAGAUGACAAAAAUCAACCAAAAAGAAACAGAAACCCAAAAGAACAAUAACAAAAAAUGGCAGCAGCAAAAUGAGGACAAAAAAAACCUCAAUGGGAAAAAAAUAAAAGGCAACAAAAAAAAAGAUAGGAAAAAAAAUCCACUGAAAUAAUGAACAAAAAUGUUCCCCAAACAGCCCCCCCAAAAAAAUCGAACAAGAAAAUUCGCCUCAAAAAUCCACAUAAAAAAUAUUCCUAAGUAAAAUAGAGAAGCAAAAAAUAAACCCAGCAAAGAACCAGGACAAUAAAGCACCAAAUUCCACCCAAAAAUCAGGGGAAAAGCAUCCAAAUCCUGCCAAAAAUCAGGGAAAGAAGCAUCAAAAUCCAGCCAAAAAUCAGGAAAAAUAAAAGUAAUCAAAUCCUCCCCAAAAUCAGGGAAAGAAACACCAAAAUCCAGCAAAACAUCAGGAAAAUAAAGCAACAAAACCACACAAAAAUCAGGGGGAAAAAGCAUCAAAAUCCACCCAAAAGCCAGCAAAAAGGCACCAAAAUCCACCCAAAAUCAGGAAAAUAAAUCACCAAAAUCCAGCCAAAAAUCAGGGACAUAAAGCAACAAAACCACCCAAAAACCAGGGAAAAAAGCAUCGAAAUCCACCCAAAAGUCAGCAAAAAGGCACCAAAGUCCAUCCCAAAAUAAGGAAAAUAAAGCAAUAAAAUCCUCUCAAAAAAGUAAGGAAAAAAACAUCAAAAUGCAGUCAAAAAUAUAGGGGGAAAAAAAACCCACACCAAAAUCCAUCCCAAAAGCAGGAAAAAAGGUACCAAAAUCCACCCAAAAAUCAAGAAAAAAGGCACCAAAAUCCACCCAAAAAUCAGCAAAGAAAAAAAAAAAAGCACCAAAAUCAGGAAAAUAAAACAACAAAAUCCACCCAAAAAUCAGCAUAAAAAGCACCAAAAUCCACCCAAAAAUUAGGGGGGAAAAAAAGCACCAAAAUCCACCCAAAAAUCAGGAAAAAAAAAAGCACCAAAAUCCACCCAAAAAUCAGGAAAAAAAAAAAAAGCACCAAAAUCCACCCCAAAAUCAGGAAAAAAAAAAAAGCACCAAAAUCCACCCCAAAAUCAGGAAAAAAAACCACCAAAAUCCACCCAAAAAUCAGGAAAAAAAAAAAAAGCACCAAAAUCCACCCCAAAAUCAGGAAAAAAAACCACCAAAAUCCACCCAAAAAUCAGGAAAAUAAAAAGCACCAAAAUCCACCCAAAAAUCAGGAAAAUAAAAAGCACCAAAAUCCACCCAAAAAUCAGGAAAAAAGCCUCAAAAUGCAUCCCAAAACUCCACCCCAAAACGGGGGUGGGGGGGGGGAACCCUACAAGAGCAAAACUCAGAACCCCCCCAAAGCUCCCCCAGAAUCAUCAGGGGGAAAAGACAAAAAGAAAUCCACAACUGCCCCCAAAAUCCACCUUCAAAAAUCAACAAUCCAGAAAAAUUCCAACCCCCCCCCCCCCAAGAAAAAAAAUCAGGAAAAAAAAAUCCUCAGCUCCCCCCCCCCCAAAAAAAAAAACAUGACAAAAGAGAUGGCAAAAACCUACCCCAAAAAAUCAACAGGGGAAAAAAAAAUUAGGAAAAAACAAACAAACAAACAAAAAAGUUCCCCAAAAAGCAACAAAGAACCCCCCCGGCCCCGCCCCCUUUGCCCCUCUCCUUCUCUCCCCAUUCCAUCCCCACUGCCCUCUCUCCAUCUCCUUUCUCCCCUCUCCAUCUCCUUUCCUCUCACUCCAUCAUCUUUCCCCUUUCUCCGUCCCCUGUCCCUUCUCUCCAUCUCCUUUCCCUCUCUCCGUCCACUUCCCCCCUCUCCAUCUCCAGUUCCCCCUCUCCAUAUCCUCUCCCCUCUCCACCUCCUUUCUCCCUCUCCAUCUCCUUUCCCUCUCUCCAUCCUCUUCCCCCCCACUCCAUCCUGUCUCACCUCUCCAUCCCUUUUGUUUCUCCUCCACCUCCUUUCUCCUCUCUCCAUCUCCAUUCCCCCUCUCCAUCUCCUUUUCCCCCCACUCCAUCCUCUUUCCCCCUUCUCCACCCCCUGCUCCCCCACUCCAUCUCCCUUUCUCCCCUCUCACUCCCCUGCCCCUCCCAUCCAUCCCACGUCCCCUUACUCCACCUCCACCUCCUUUCUCCCCUCUCCAUCUCCUUUUCUCCUCUCCAUCCUCUUUCCCCCCAUCUCCAUCCCCUGUCUCCUCUCCACCUCCUUUCUCCCCACUCCACCUCCUUUCCCACUUUUCUAUCCCCUUUCCCCUCUCUCCAUCCCCUGUUCCACCUUCACCUUUCCUCCCUCUCCACCUCCUUUCCCCCUCUCUGCCCUCAAUCUCCACUCCAUCACUUGCCUCCACUCCAUCCCCUGCCCUGCUCCUCCAUCUCCUGUCCUCCUCCAUCCCCUGUCCCCAUCCCUUGCCUCCCCUUCCCCAUCCCCUGUCUCACCACCUCCAUCCCAUAUCCCCUGCCCCCACUCUCCACCCCCCCCCUCCAUCCCCCCCCGUCCCUCUCCCUCCAGCCCAGCUGAUGAUUCCCCGGAGCAGAGCAGCAGCAUCCCCCUGCUCGUUAGGGGUUGUGGGAUGAGGGCCCCCACCCAGCCACCCACCCGGGCGCUGAGCACCCCCCAGGGUUUCCCCCCCGAACAGUGGUGCUGGGUGACAAUGAUGCCACCCCCCCCCCCCCCCACCCCCUCCUGGUUUUGGGGGGGCUGUUUUCCCUCCCCGUUGUUGUGUGGGACAGCGGCCAAGCGACAGCGGCAGCCGGGGGCGGGGGGGGUGGGGAGGGGCUGGGGUUUGGUGGUUGUUGGUUUUUUGGGGGGGUAGGGGUGAAAGGGGUGCGUGGGGUGGGGGGGCUCGGGGGGGCUUUGCUGUUGACUGGGCUGUCCCCGGCGGGGGGAGCAGCUCGGUGCUGGGUCUCUGCGUGUUGGUCUCCGUUCCGCCUUAGCUUCGUCCGUAGGCAGCGCCGCUUCCGUCCCUCGACGUCGUGCUGAUGGUUCCCGGAUCACCUCCCCUCGUCCCGUCCGGUCCAGUUCUGUCCCGUCCGGUCCCGUCCGGUCCCGGUUCUGUCCCCUUUGGAUUCUGUAUUUUUUUAUAAGAAAAUCCAAAUAAAUGUCGUGCCAGGCA